UUUGCAUUCUGAGACUUUGGUCGGGGUGAGUCCCCACACUGUUUGCACAAUUUCUUGGGCUCCUCUGACUAAAGGGCACAGAACUCCCAUUUGGCUGAGUGUCUAGCUGGCCCUCUUCUGGAAAUAUGGCUUUCCCUGCAGGAUUUGGAUGGGGGGCGUCCACUGCAGCUUAUCAAGUGGAAGGAGGCUGGGAUGCAGAUGGAAAAGGCCCUAGUGUCUGGGACACAUUCACCCAUCAGGGAGGAGAGAGAGUUUUCCAGAACCAGACUGGCGAUGUAGCUUGUGGCAGCUACACUCUGUGGGAGGAAGAUUUGAAAUGUAUCAAACAGCUUGGAUUGACUCAUUACCGCUUCUCUCUUUCCUGGUCACGUCUGUUACCUGAUGGGACGACAGGUUUCAUCAACCAGAAAGGAAUAGACUAUUACAACAAGAUCAUUGAUGAUUUGUUAACUAAUGGGGUCAUACCCAUAGUGACACUCUACCACUUUGACUUGCCUCAGGCCUUAGAAGACAAAGGAGGUUGGUUGUCAGAGGCAAUCAUCGAAUCCUUUGACAAAUACGCCCGGUUUUGCUUCAGUACGUUUGGAGAUCGAGUCAAGCAGUGGAUCACCAUAAAUGAGCCUAAUAUUCUUGCCAUCAUGGCGUAUGAUCUCGGUGUAUUUCCUCCUGGUGUACCUCACUUUGGAACUGGAGGUUAUCAGGCAGCUCAUAAUUUGAUCAAAGCUCACGCCAGAUCCUGGCACAGCUACGAUUCUUUAUUCCGAAAGGAGCAGAAGGGCAUGGUGUCCCUAGGAAUUUUUGCUGGCUGGGCGGAACCAGCAGAUACCAACUCAGUGUCCGACCAGGAAGCUGCUAAAAGAGCCAUUGCUUUCUGCUUGGAUUUCUUUGCUAAACCCAUAUUUAUUGACGGUGAUUAUCCAGAAGUUGUCAAGUCCCAGAUUGCCUUCAUGAGUAAAAAGCAAGGCUCUCCAUCAUCAAGGCUUCCAAAAUUUACAGAAGAAGAGAAGAGAAUGAUUAAAGGCACAGCUGAUUUCUUUGCUGUGCAAUAUUAUACAAGUCGUUUAGUCAAGUACCAGGAGAACAAGAAAGAAGAAGUGGGUUUUCUUCAGGAUGUGGAGCUUCAAGUUUUUCCAGACCCAUCUUGGAAAAGGUUGGAUUGGGUCUAUGUGGUGCCAUGGGGAAUACGUAAACUACUGAAAUAUAUUAAGGAUACGUAUAAUAACCCUGUAAUUUACAUCACUGAGAACGGGUUUCCCCAGGGUGACCCUGCAUCUCUUGAUGACACUCAGCGCUGGGAGUAUUUCAGACAGACGUUUCAGGAACUGUUCAAAGCUAUCCAGCUUGAUAAAGUCAAUCUUAAAUUAUAUUGUGCAUGGUCUCUUCUGGAUAACUUUGAGUGGACCCAAGGGUACAGUAGCCGGUUUGGUCUCUUCCACGUUGAUUUUGAGGAUCCUGCUAGACCUCGAGUCCCUUACACAUCAGCCAAGGAGUAUGCCAAGAUCAUCCGAAAUAAUGGACUAAAGGAAAGUCUAUAAAAGACGGCUGUCCCAUGUCUGCUGGAGAAGAGGCCUCUGCUUUUGGAAAGGAUGUCUGCUUUGGUGAUCCUUCAGACAAUCUCAAGUUGCCUUUGUAAUCAUCUCCUACCAGCUGAUCCAUGAUUAUAAAGUCUGAAUAUGUAAUGCCUGGGGAUGUAUUUAAUGAUGGCCUUUACUGUAUUUGCAUGUGGAUCAAUGAGGCUUUGAAAAAAAAUAGAAUAGAAAACCACUGAAAUUGAUUUUUAUGUUAAGAAAUCAGAUAGACUAGGAAACUUCAAUUUAAAUCCUUAGAAUUUUUCUAGAAAAAAAUAAUGCAAAAUUUAUAAAGAUAGCAUGCUCGUGAUUUGCAGCUCAAACAGCAAGACCACUUAUUAUAAGAAUACUUGUUUAUGAACCUAGUUUUUCUGGUUAUGUCAGUUAUUGUUUGCUUUGUAGGUACUUUUUCAUGUGAUCCAUAAUUUUUCUACUGUUUAAUCUAGUAUAAAAAAUCAAAAUUAAAAGUUAGUCACAUUAUGCAGUUAUGCAUUCUCUUCAACAAAGGGAUUAAUUGAUAACACAUUUAAUAAAAUGGAUUUGUUGAUGUGUUUGGCACAUGUUUUCUUAAUGCGUGAACAAGUGCAUCUUUCUCUUGUCUGAUGAAUUAUUUUCGAAAAAUAAUAAAUUAAUAAAGCAAAUUAGA